GUCCACCCAUACGUCACAGACCCAGUUUGCCUGGCAUGGAACUUUGAGGAGCUCCUGGCUAUCAUUCGUUCCCACAGCAGCGUCGUGUGUUACAUGGCGGGACACACCCACGUUGGUGCAUACCACCAGGACGAAGACACCAGAGUGCACCACCUGACGAUGGACGGGGUGAUCGAGACUCCCCCGCACAGUGCCGCCUUCUGCACCAUCUCAGUGUACUCGGACCGGAUGGUUUUGAAGGGGAGUGGGACGGUAAUGGAUCGAGUCUGUCUGUUCUGAUGGUAUCAGGACGACACGGUGUGCAAUUAAAGACAGGAAGACUUUA